AUGGAUGACUCCAGUAGCAACUUUUCUGCUCAGCAGGCUCGGAUAGCGAGAGUGAAGCACAUAUGCGAUCAGUACCCUCCAGUGGUGAACCUCACUCAGAAUGACGUUCCCCGUGGUACGGAGUACAUCUCCCCCAGCACCAACCUCAACCCCGACUUCGUCUUCGCUCAAGACCCGGAAUUCGACCCUGUCGCCCGCGGGCCCUUCCUCCGUAACUACGGAUGGGUUUUCACCGAUAAAUGGGCAAUCGAAUAUGCAAAGAACCUCAAGCUCACUGUCGACAUUGAUGAGGAUGAGGAUGAAGAUGAGGAGGAGCUCGUCCAGCUUUUGGGUGGAGAGACGACGGUCGAUUGCGCGUCCAUUACCGACGACUCGGUGGUCAUGCAACACAAAGGUCUACGCCAGGCUGUGUCCCUCGCGGUCCAAGAUGAUAUCAUCUCGGAUAUCGAAAAUCGGAUGGGCUUCAGAGUCUUCCUCGGAUAUCCGGUCUCGUUCGACUAUGAUUUCAUGGUCGUUCUCUGCACCAACUACAACAUCGCGAAGCGGCAAUGGAUCAUCGAGCGCGUCACGAGGAAGGACAUCGACGAAACUAUCGCGACUCUCAGCGAGAUCAUGGCGGAGCCUGGCGAGGAGUCGAAGGAAGUGAUGUGGUGGUACGCUCAAGAGAACCCGAUCGGUUGGUAUUGA